UAGUCUUUAAGAGAGAAAAGAAGUUCUCAGUAAAAGUGAGAUCGUUAUGAAUCUUUUAUUCAUAGGAUAGUAAUGAACAUGCAGCAAACCAUACUGUGAAAUAUUACUCCAAAGCAGAUAGACACAGCAGUAACUAAUUAACUAAUUAAUCACAAUUAAGUUGCAUUUUAAUUUAUAAGAGAAGGUAAGCCAAAGGCAAACUUCAAAGCACCAAAAAAUUUCCUGACUGCUUUCAGCAGAAGCUUUGAAUAAGCAGAAUGACUGCUGUCCUUUUAGCCUCCAUAAGCAUUUUUAACUACACUAAUCAAUGUGAUUUUUGCAAAUCUGUUUUCUACUGUAUGCAGCAGAACACCUACUUUCCCUUAGGGCUCUGUCAGCUGAACUUAACUUUGUUCUGAUAGAAAUGCUAAUGCAGCAUAAAAGGCAGCACCCUAUUUGUCAUGCCAGCAUCACAUCUGGCACGGGUUUGAUUGGCUCCAUCAUUUAAGUCUGAGCAGAAUUCCAUGGAUUUCUACACAAGUCAGACUGAUUCUGAAGUGAUGCAACAAAGUUAAUCAAAUGUCUGGUCAAAGUGAUUCAUGUAAACAUCAAUGUUUGUGAUUAGCACAUCAGACUGAUUCGUCUGAACUCCUGCAUGCAGGAUCUGAACAUCGGAUAAGAGGUUAUCAGAAUAUUCUGCAUAUUUUCCACAACAGCCACAACAAGUAAAGCUCAUUUAGGUGAAGACAGACCUGCAGGCUCCAGCGCCCCCCCUACAAACUGUGCUUUACUGUUCUCAGCACCCAGUGCCUGUGUGUGGGCUCUGUCAAAACAACCAUUUAUCAAUCAUUAGUAAGAAACUGGCUCUCUGACAAACUAAUUACUCCUCAGGCUUCCACCCAUUAGCACAGGAGGAAGCAGAUUAUACAUUUAUUUUUGUGGUGGGCUGACCUCAGCUGGGCACCAGGUAUCCAACAAAGCCAUGCUCUCACUCCCCUCCACGGCUGGACAGGGAGAGAAAAUGGAACUCAAGGCUUGUGUGUAGAGAGGAGAGGGAGAGAUCACUCACCCAUUACCAUCCUGAACAAAACAGACUCACCUUACAGAAAAAUUAAUUCAUUAACCAUCAAAUUAGAGUAGGGUAAUGAGAAAUAAAACUGAACACCUUCCCAAAAGCCUGCCAUGCAAACCCAAUAUAUCAUGGCUCCUGCAGUAACAAAGGUGCUACAGAAGUUGUUUUUGCUUCCUGAAGCAGGCAAGACUUAUUACAAACAGUAUGUUACCUAUGAAGGACACUAAGAAAUCUCUACAAAAACUCUGUUUAAAUUUGUAGACUUAACUGCUGUAUGGCAUGUGAAUGGAUACACUGCAGUUAGUAAGCACUAGGAUUUAUUUCCAUGUCCCUAACAUGGCUGUUAGGGACAGCCAUGAUUCCAGAUUCCAGGAAUCUGUACAAAUCCUAACCAUGGCUUUCCAAAACACCAUGGAAUGGAUGCAGUGUGGGCAGCAGGUGGCUACUGGUAGGAGACUCCAGGUAUGACUUCACAGAUGUUUUUGUAAUGGGAGGCUUUAGGUCUAAAGAGUCCAGGUUUACAGAGGUCUCAGACUCCUUUACGCAUUUCUUCCCACAAAAUUACUUGGGGUUUUUUUUUUUUUGCCCUUGUAGACAUUUGUCCAGUCUCAUGUUGCCCUGGAAAAACAAUACCCAUUAAGAGUACCUAAGGAAGCAUCCUCACCCACAGGUCUGUGGAAGGAUGGCCAAGGACUCAAAUGAAAUCCUCAAAUACUUAAACCUGUCAAACUCUUUGUCAGCAUCCCAGAACAGAACGUGCUUAAGGGUUAUUUUUAAAUUUGAUAUAUACAUACACCUGCAGUGGGGAGUCUUAGAAGAAACUGAGUUUAUUGGUAGAACAUUUUUAUGACUACGGGACCAAAACUCCCUGUCACUGAUAAAGUGGAGUGGGGAGUGGCACAUGGCAAGCAAUAGAUGGACAAAUCAGAACUCAUUCAUGUCAGAAAGAUGCCUCAAGCCCCUGGUAAAUGAAAAUUCUUAUUCUAAAUCUUGCCAUCUAAUAAUAACCAACCUUAGAUCAGCAUUAAUAUUAUACUAUACCCCCUGGAAUGUAAGUUUACAGUAUUUUAUUCAGACAUUAUAAAUGGAAUAAGAUGUAAUCAGUAAUUAUGCAAGUUCAUCCAGAAGGCAGCUAGAAAAUGCUAUUUCCUCCACCAAGCAGUGAAAAUUAAAAGCCACAGGAGUGUCAGGAACAAGAUGUCUCAGACUUGCCAGCAAUUAACAGAAAGAUAUGUUUAUCUCCAGCGGAUGUGACAAAUUUUGAAGUCAUUUCAGCCUUAGUACCACUCUGCUGAGGGCUGAUUUUUCCCUUCAAACUCAAACUAGUUUUAUAAUUCUUCUAUAUGCUAUCUGAUAAAGAACUAUGUCAAUGUUUCUGCUUUUACUGGAAACCUGGUCCCUGCGGUCAGGGUCUGUUCCACAAGAGUUUCCUCCCCGGCCAACGUGAUGGUCUGGCUGAUUAAGUCACCGAGUCAGCUUUCACCAGUGUUUCUAAUAGGAAACAGCAUUAUGUUAUAGUUUCCAGGAAAAGUACCAUCUGUGCCUCCUGCCAGUCUCUGCAACUGGCACCAAAAGAUCUCUGGGGAAUGUUUCUGUACUGCCAAAUUUCAGCAGAGUUCCCUGCCACAAGCCCUGAGCAUGGGUGAAGCUGACAAACAGCGGGGGAAGAUAAGAGCUGCUGUUUCCAUCCUGCCAGCUCACUGGGCCAACUCAUUUACACAGUAAUUCCAGCACAGUCCGUGCACCUUUGACACUCUCUUCCUGGAAUAAAUUCAGUCAGCAAAGCCCAGAAUUGCCAUAAUUUGAAUUAAUUUUGGUUGGCGAGAAUCUGCCUUCUUAACUGGAAUGAUGCUGAUUUACAUGAACCAGUACAAACAUUCCUUACCUGGAACACGGGCAAUUCCAAAAUGCUGGAAAUGCAGAGAUCCAGGCACCUGCUAUCUUGUAAGGUGCAAAUGACCUGAUGGCACUUAUUAAAGACAUUACCUAAACAAAGAAUUUUAUCAUGAAACUGUCUUUUAGAUUAUCUCAAAUAUUAAAAAGGACUCAGCAGAAGUUUCUACAAUAUGAUGAUCUUUACAUAAAAAAACAGGAACAAGUAAGUUUCAUGAUUUUUUUCCCCCCAAACCAGUCUUAACUGACCUGUUGCUCUACAGUUUAAGUGGCUGUAGGUACUGGGCGCAAAACUCCUUAUAUUUAAACAUCAAUGAUUGCAAGUUACAAAAAAUUUAUUAAAGAAAUCACCCACUGAGUCUAUUAAGUUCCUGAAGUCAGAAUAAAUGAAUGAAAUAUUUUCAUUAAAAACAGUGGGAUAAAGUGUCUACUAAGUCCCAGCUGCUCUGAACAUCAAUAUCACAACAGUAAAGAUGCCUUCAGAAGGUGUCUGUAACCCUUGUCAAAUCCACUGAGUUGUAGUACUUCAUAGGAGAAGAAUCUGCAACUCAGAUUUAGUUAGAUUCAGUUUUAAACUGAAGGAAAUUAUUUGCUUGUGUGGUCUCCGAGAAACUGAAAUUUUCUGUAUUUUUUAAUUAAUUCUUUAGGUUUCUGUGGCUCACCAGUUACAAGCACACUGAAAAUUCUUACAAAGGUUAAAUUUUUUUAGAAGUUUGUGUUCAGUGAAGCAGUUAAAAGAAUUAAUACCUAUACAUAACAACUUUCAAUCAUCUUGAUACUGAAUGCUAUUUAAGGUUGCUCCUCUGUAGUUUUAAAGUGGGAUAGCUACAUCAAAAUCAGAUUCCAAGGGCUCUGAAAACAUGGAGCAGAACUGCAGCAGUGCUAACUGGCAGCUCAGCACUCUGAAUGGCGCCAUCUACUCUGCUGAUGCUUAAAAGCUGUCACUUCUUGUAUUCCAACCGGUCAACUUUAUAAAAUCCAGAACUGGAAGCACCUUACGUAAGCCGAUUUUCUAAUACUGCAUUCAUUCUAAUUAUUCCUGUUAUUUAAUACACCAUAAGUUCCUGGAAGUGAAUAGGAAUACUAGGGAAAUUACUCAGGUUUUGUUUUGUAUAUAGCUUAAUCUUUUUAAAAAGCAUUAUCUAGUGGGUAUUAGAGCAUCUCCAAAUUGUAUCUCAUGUCAGGAUCCCCGGCAGCUAAGGUCUGUAGAUAGAUGAAUACAGGUAAUCACUGUGUAAAUUCAUUCUGCCUGAUGGAAUCCUCACCUUUAGAACUGAAAAAAGUAAGAUAUUUCACUUUUUGCAGUGAUGAAAUCUUUAAGAGUUAAAAGCUGCACUGUUCACUCUGUAGUGAAUUCUUUCUCACUGCACAGAAGCAUGAAAAAAGUAGCAAUAUAUCAUGUUUUCCAUAUAGAAGCUAUUACAGAAUUCAGUGAUAAAGUCAGGAAGGGGUGGAGCAGCACCAUCAGUGCCACUCAUCCAAUGCUGGGACAGGGAGAACUUAACAAAACAAGGGUGAGUUGAUGGAGUUAACCCGUGCAGAGCCCCCGGUGCAGCUGGUCCCCAGCAGCUGCCAGGAGGGCACAGCCACUGGCAACCCAGCUCCCCCAGAGGCUGCACUGCAAAGAAAUGAACAGCAAAAGAGGCAGGAUUUAUCUGGAGUGACAGAUGUGCCUGGCAGAUAGCAUCUGUGUCUGAACAAGGGACUCCUUCCACAUAAAUCUCUAGGGGCUGCAGUGCUGGGCUGUCUCCUCUCCACAGACCCUCUGCCCCAUGGUAGCUGGUUAUUACAACCUUCAGAGCACCACCACACUGCCAGUCUCCAACAGACCUAAAGGGCUCUUAAACACACCAUUUAGCAGUUUUGAUUAUGGUUUCCAGAGUAGCUGAUCUUUUUUAUCUUCCUUUAUUGGAGUAUAUUAUCUGUUCUCAUAAGCUUUAAGCUGCUUAGAAAUUGAGAGGGAGAAAGAGAAACUAAAGCAAAUACAAUUAUUCAUUUUGAUGGAUACACACAUUGUUCUGAGCAACCUUCUGUGAACUCUAAGAGCAGAAGAAAGUUCUGCAGUUCUAAACUAUUAGAGAAUAUGCAGAUCCUAAAAAAAAAGUUGCCAUACCCUAAAAUCCAGUUUUCUUCCUUCUUCCAAACAAAAAGCCCAUCUGAACUCAUUUCUUGAUGCUUAGUGACCCGUGGCAGCAAUUAGCAGGCUUACUUUUGACAUGGCCUUAUAUGAACUCAGAUUCCCAAAGAGCUGAACAGUCUAAACAAAAAGCAAAUGUGCAGCUGACAUUGCUAAUAAUUCUAUUACAUUAAAAAUUUUACAUAUUAUUUACACAUUUAAUAAUAACAGUGAUAAAUAACAACAACAAAAGGUCGAAACAGGAGGGAAAAGCAUCUGUUUAGCAGGUUGCCAAGAGGCCCAGGGCAAUAAGCAGAUUAUCAUGGCACAAGGGGGAUCUGAAUCACCAGGUAGCUGCUAUGCAAAUGAUUUACCACAAAGAUGGUGCCUACAGAAUGAGAGGAUAAACAAAUGAGACAGGGGUUGCCAACAUCUGUGGAACAAUGACAGAGGUCACCCACCCACAGGAAGGAGCUCUGAAGACAACAUAUAUUCAGAAUUUCAGGAAAAGAAGAGUGAGCAACCUCAAAGGGUGACCAAUGCAAAACGCAAAGAUCAAUUUCAGGAACAUGGGUAUAUCUCUGUACUCGUGCCACGUGCAACAGAAAUGCACCCUUACAGUUCUCGAGAAUGUAAUCUUUAUUGCUGAUUCAAAAUACCAAAGAAGAGCCUGAGAUACACCACAGAAAAGUCACAAAGUAGAAGUGAAAGUGUGUCAUGGUUGGAAGCCCUGUCAUCAUUUGGAUGGGAUACUGGUGCGUGUGUGUGUCAUAUGAGCAAAUAAUGAUAGGUGGUGCAGUUUUAAUUGUAAGGGAGUCUUCAGGGAGAGAUAAAGAGGAAAACAUUGGCCAGGCAGAUAGGAAACUCAAGGGGUAUUUUAAGAAAUCAGGAAAUGAACAUAAGAAUUUAUGCAUGGACAGAAGGAAUGUUAAAGGAAAAACACUGGUCCAAGGGAAGGCAGUUACCUCUAAAGCUGGAAAUGGGUUCACAGUACUCAAAUUGUGCAGAAUCAAGUGGGAGUAGCCUGAGUUGGGUUGCAAAGGUGAAAAAUCUUGAGUUUAUUUUAAUUAUUAAUUAUUGUUAUGCUGCUACUAAAGCAGGUUAUACAGUAAAGGGAAAGGGUUUAGAAAACCAAAACUUGAGCCUAAUGAAAGGUGAAAUCAGCGGGACCAGAAUGUUGGGUGACUACUCUUCCAUGAGCUGACUUGCCAUGAGUGGCAAACCCCUUGCUCCCUCUCUUUCAACUGACCUGCUCUUGCUUUUUGAUUUGUACUUUUUAAAAUAUCCAACAUAGGCUUAUUAUAGUCAAUGCUACUUUGUGUCACUUCUCCCCCUUGUUUGAUCGUGCCCUCUUUCACCUUACAUUGCACUGAGUUAACCACAUUAUAAAUGGAACCAGUAUCAAUUAUGAACUUCCCCUGCCAAACUGGUCAAUGGUUGCACCACAAAGACAGAAAUGACAGGGUUGGAAGGGGCCUGUUUUUCAGCCCAGCCCCCAGUAUCAAGCAGGAUUUUCUUCUCCACUCAUGUUAAAAGCAUUUUAUCUGAGCUGUAUCAUUACAUUAUAAACAGCAGCAACUCAGCAACUGCAUGAGGAAAGUAUAUUCCAAAACCUACUUGCUUGCACUGCUGCAUUUUCCCCCCCUCACAUCUAACCUGAGCUAUUUAGUUUUACUUUUCUGUAUAUCCAGCCUUGAAGUCAUUUGCUAAUCCCUAUGGUAUGUAUAUAAGCUAGUAAGCCUAAAGAAAUGUCAUGUCACCCAGACUGAGAGGGAACAGCAAUGUUACACUUCACUCUCUAGCACUUGAGAAUUCAGGGUGCUCCCCUUGAUGUACAACUAAUUGUAGGUUUCUAAUUUUCCAAAAACAUUGAUCAUCCAUUAUUUAAAGUUUUAAGAAUUAAUCCAUAAGUAAUAUUCAACAUGUCCCUUUCAAAAAGCAUUUUUCAAACCCUGAUCAGGAGCUGACAAUCUACUAAGUCAUGGUUUAUAUAUACAUACAGCACUUCUGGCCAUGAUUUUUAGUUUGCUCAGUCUAGAUCUGAAGCAAAUCUGUGCUGCCCAGCAAAGCUCUGUGUAGGGCCCAGCCUUCCCCUAGGCAACACCAAGUUUGAGUCUGUAGGAUUUGAGAUCCCGUGGGAACUCAAGAGGACGUGACAAAGGUACAAGUGUUUGGCAUGUUUAGAGACUUACCUCGUUGGCAACAGCUUUAUUAGCUAUGUACUUUACCAGCUAUUAGUUUAUAAUGAUACCACAGCUUGUGAAAACACACUGAGGGGUCAGAUACACCAGGUAAGAGCUACAUCACAGGUAGAUGAUAAUAGAGCAAGUCGACAAACCAUGUGUUGUAUAAACAGAAAAAUCUGCAGAGAAAAGAGGCAGCGCUGUAGCUGGAUGAAGUGUUGGUUUUUUAAGUCAAAUAAAAUAAUCCGAGCGUAGAAUGGUCACGCUUCAAACUCUUACCCAACCUGCUCUGCAACUUAGUGCUGCAUUAUGAAUGGAAAUGUCUGAAAAAGCCUGACUGCAGCUAUGGACUCUAAAAUACAACUGAGCAGAACUUCAUUUUUUCUCAUUAUUUAAAGUUAAUUUUAUGGCUCUUUUCUAAAAUAAUCUUUGCCACCAUUUGCUGUCAACUUCUUGUGCUGUGUUGCAAGAAGUUUGUUCAUAAGUACUUCAUGGAUAUUGUUAUCUAAAUAAAACCACCUUCAGCUUUAAUGGAGUGUAAGGAAAUUGGCUUUUGGCCAAGUAUGAGCACUCUAAAAGGGCUUCUACGUGAAUACCUUUCCUACUUUGCUGUUUCCCUGGUGAACUUAGGAUCAUUAAAGUCCUUCUUAAGUUCUGAAGCACCAAAAACAUGAUGCCACAGUUUGUAACACAGAGUUAUCCACAGCACACACACAGUUCUGUCUGUGGACUAUCUAUCGAACAGGAACGGGGGAAUUUUCUGCUUUUGGGAGCUGCAGUGGUUUUACAAUAUUUGCCAUGAACAUUUAAAUACAAACUGAGGUCAGAUAGAGUAACCCAAGACAAAUGAGAUGACCAUUUUUAGACUUCACAGAAUACUCAGAGCUGGAAGGGAUCCACAAGGAUCUAGUCCAAGUGUUAAGCCCAUAUGGAGAUCAAACCCAUAACACUGGUGUUAGCAUCAUGCUCUAAACAACUGAGCUAAUCUCAGGUUUAAUGUUUUUCCGGUAUUUAUUUCAUAUACAGCUGCUUAUUUUUCCAAUAAGGGAUGCUGCACUGGUGUUUAUUUGCUAUGGAAUAAAGCUUCAGAAUUUCUAAAUAUAAGACAAAUUAUUUUGAAAAAGGCAGCUCUCUGUUUUGGUUGGUGGUAUCAGUUGGAAACAUACUUCAAAGGUAGUCCCUUUUCAUUAGUCUGAGGAGUUUCCAUAUAAACAACAGAACAACCACAGGAAAAAAAUCAUUAUGGGAUAAAUUAUCAAUCUGCAGUUCAAAAGCUCUUUCAAGAAGUGAUCCAUUUUAAAGUUGUGGAAAAUAUAAACACCCAGAUCCAUUAACUGCAAGUGACAUGCAAAUAUCCUUGAGAUUAAUCAACUUUUUUAAAAAGGAAGCAGAAUAGAACUCAUAACACCAUCACAAAAUGAGGAUUAUGUUGUAACACCUUUUCACAACACCAAAACAAUCUCCAAAUUCAAAGUAAACGCUCAGAAACUUUUCUUCCUAUCUUGUUUUAAAAGCUGGCUUAUGUUUGCCAGCACCACAAGCACCUGUGCACUUUGUAGUACAGGAAUUUUUAAAUACUGAUUGUUCAGGAUAUAUGGCCUAUGAAAAUGAAACCUCAAAGCUACAUAUUCUCAUCCCGAGUUAAAAAUAAAACCCACGCUCUUGAGUGAAGGCUGUUGACUGCACUUGCCGGGAAUGGCACGGGCUCUGCAGCAGCCCUGCAGAACCCCAGCACCGAUGACAAAACCAUAACAAACCUGCACGCCCAUGGAUUUUUAGCAGUAAAUCCGAAACCCAGGCACUACAAAGCGAGCUGGAUCCAGCAGCUCCCAGCACAACCUCUCACUUCUUGAAACUGGCUGUAAACAGGGGAAGGGAGGGGCCAGGCGCCUGCCAAGCCAAGCAGAAACUUGUGAGUAACUUAGAGAGGCAAAACAAGUGCAGCGCAGGCAGCGGCUCCCAGCGCGGUGCCGGGCCAGCACCAUGAUCCCCGGGAGAGCCACGCCGGGGCCUGGCGGCUGGCUCGGUGCCUCGGCAGGGCGGCUCGGGGCAGCGGCAGCCGGGAAUUAGAGAAAAGCUGGUAACCAUCAAAGAAGACACAAAAGCUAAAAUCACUAUGUGGAGCUGUGAAGCCUUAAUCAACAGUACUGAGAACAGUGAGGACCAGCAUCUCUGCCAUGACUUCGACCUUGUGCUUUCCAUCUUUUCCCUUCUCUACCUCAUUAUAUGUUUCCCAAUUGGCCUUUGUUACAAUGGCCUGCUGGUCCUAGUUAACCUCUACAACAAAGCUACUAUGACUAUGCCAGAUGUUUACUUUGUCAACAUUGCCAUUGCCGGCCUCAUCAUCAACACUCUGGCACCAAUGUACCUGCUGGGUCUUGCCAAUACAAAAUGGGCCAUCUGGAAUUCCAACAAUGAAGUUUAUAUUACCUUCCUUAUUUUAUUCAACGUCUCAUCGUUGGUCACCAUGUACUCUACCACACUGCUCAGUCUGGACUACUACAUCGAGCGUGCCCUGCCCAGGACUUACAUGUCCAGUGUGUACAACACCAAACACGUCUGCGGGUUCAUCUGGGGCGGGGCCAUGCUCACAAGCUUCUCAUCUCUCCUGUUCUACGUCUGCAACCACGUGUCCACCAAAAUAAUCGAGUGUUCCAAGAUGCAGAACCAGGAAGCAGCAGAUGCCAUCAUGGUGUUCAUCGGGUACAUCGUUCCCGCCGUCGCCGUUCUCUACGCGCUGACGCUGAUCCUGCGGAUACGCAAGGAGGCCACGCCGUUGGAUCAGGACACUGGGCGCUUGGAUCCAUCAGUGCACAGGCUGCUGAUCGCCACAGUCUGCACACAGUUCACCCUGUGGACACCCUAUUACGUUAUUCUCUUGGUAAGCACGUUUACUAACCUACAAGGAAGAAUUCCAGAUGUAAAUUCCAUUCAAAUAUUACACUUUGCCACGAUUCUGUCAAAAUUCCUGGCUUUCUCCAGCAGCUUUGUCAUGCCUCUGCUCUACAGAUACAUUAACAAAAACUUUCCCAACAAAUUACGACGUUUGCUUAAAAAGAUACACUGUGGGAACCAGGGGUGUUCUCACGAGCGCACAGUGGUACAGCAGGUCAUGACAUAGUGUGACACAACCCUGGUGCUCUGUGACUGCAGCACUGGGUGCUCAGUGCUGGGACUGUGACGCUGCUGUGUUGGCACUCAGAGACGUGUCAGAGUCCCAACCGAGAGGCUGGAAGGAUCUUCCAUUGCAGUUGAAUGCAACAGUCAAUUUUCCAGUAGUUGUUUGCUGAAGUGGUGUGGGGCUCUGGCCUGUGUGCUGCAUUACCUGUGACAUGGGAUACCUUCAGUGCACUGAACUGCUGACAGAGGAUAAACUCUGUUUUCAUGGCUCUGAUCUUCCUCUCUGAAGAAAUCACUAAGCAGUUUAUUGAAGUCUUGACUGAAGACACAGCACCUUGUAUCUUGUAUAGAAAAAGGUAUUACCUUGUUUUCUGUACAAAGAAGUGAUAGUGCUAUCCUUGAUGAAGUAAAUAACGUUUUUCAAUGAAGAUUAUAUAGUUGAUCUUUACUGAAGAUCAUAUGACCCAAUUAUACAUGUCCAAAUAGUAAAUGUUAAUUAUAAAUUAAAUUAUUUAAUUUCUUUCUCCAUCACGGAUUCCCCCCAUCUAAAAGAAGCCUUAUUUACUUUUUUCAGAAAUUAUUUUCUCACACAAACUAACCUGUUUUAACAUUUAUGGUAAAGUGAUUUUUCUUUUAGCUACAACAAAUAACAAAAAUGUGUUUUAAUUUUCCAGUGCUUUGUUUGUAUCCUAAAACAUUUCAGGAAUUCAGAAAUAUUUAUUAACUAAUUCUGACGGAACUCAGAGAUGUUUGUUCCACAUACUAAAAUGAAGGACACAGUGGUUUACAAAGUUAAAUCAGAAUUUAACUAGCAAAAAUUGUCUGGCUAAGUGUUAUGGUCCACAUAUGUUCAUGUAACAAGAGUAAUUAUCUUAAAAAAUAAAUAUGUUUAUGAUUAACAUUUUGUAUUUUCAAGGGAUAUGUUUGCAACAAAUAAAUUAAGCUCUCUUUAAUCUAGGACAUCACUGGAGGUUUGGAAACCAUCUAAAAUUCCUCAAUAUAGGAAUCCCAGUCAGCUUCAGCUCUUUGCUGACCUCUCAAAAAAGCCUUCCAUUGGGAUUCUUGGAUACACAAGAAAGAAUUUUACUGAUUAUAUGAAAUAUGUGAGAAACACAGACAUGCUGCAGGAAGCACAUAAACAGUUACAACAACAAGCUACAAAGCACUGACCCAAAAACUACCUGUUCUUGUGCUGCUGUUGCUUUAAUGACAGGAGGGGACAGGAGGGGGGUGCAAGUGGAGCUGAUUCUCUCCCACUGGUGUGGGGCCACAAGACAUCUUUGUCACUUGAUACAUACUGCAGCAUCAUUUUGUUACUUAAUCUGUCACAGCACAACUCAAAUUCCAUGUGACAUCAUUAAAAAAAUGUGACUUUUCAAGCUUCUGGUAAAGAAAAAACAUGGAGCAAGACCAGAACCGAACCUUUCCCAUUGCUUAGAGCACAAUCUUGUCUGGUAACUGGCCCUAGUCUGUCAGCAGAGACACAUACUGAAGUUGUAUGCGAAAAGAACUUUCUGAGGAACAGACCUUUCAAAUCUUUUCCCGUCAAGCAAUUUCUUCCAUUAGUCAUCUUUGCUUAUCUUCUUUAUAUACAACCAUCUCUAAGUUAUCAACAUCCUGGUGGAAAACUUUCCAUUAACCUUUACUUUUUUAGGAGCUUUCAUAUUUUAUUGAAUAUUUUUAACCCUUAAAGCCUACAGAGUAAAUAAUCUAUUUCUGUGGUGUUUUCAGUUUUAGCCUGUUGAUGAAAACCAUGUUAAGGUCUUAAGCUGUUCCUCAUUGCUGUGUCCAACUCACUCAUGCCUCUCUGCUGACAUACAUGAUACUGGCUGCUUUCUUCGUUUUGCCCACCUUGAGAGAUUUUCUAUCAAUUUCUACACAUCUUGAGCACUCAGGCUCACUUCCACGCAGAAGUGCUUAAGAACAAAAUCAUUCCUUACAGCUGUCAAGCAAAGAGACUCCUUCCCAUCUGAGGAAAAUUAGGUUUCUUAAUGCACCACAUGAAAUCUCUCACAUAAAAUCUGUUAAAGAAAUUCUGUGCCAUUAUGCAGGAGGAGUUCCAGCAGGGAGGAACUGGCUUAUCUGGUGUGAAUAGAGGCUUUCAGAACUGGGACGCUGCCAGAACAGUGCAGCUGAGCAGGCAACUUCAAGUGCAAUUUCAACUUCCAUGUUGCUUCCUUACUUCCAUUUCCUUAUUCUCUUAAGACAUCUUAUUUUCUGUCUCUAAAAGAACUGUUGCCUUUAUUUCUGUUCCUUUCUCUCAGUGUUGAAUUCUUAGUUUCAGAUCAUGACUCUCGUAUCAUUUCUUUUUAUCGUUUUUCACUUCUCUGCACAAUUUAUCUAACUUUCAUUUCUCUUUGUCUUGCACACCUGGUACCAUUCAAUACUCAUGUUUACUUCAUCACACUGACUCCUUUACAAUGAUCCAAAUCUUACUCAGUGAUUCAACAUUACAAGUUUAUGUAGUAAAAUGGAAGCUGCUAUUAAAGAUACGUAGAAAGACGGAUUUUUAUGGAACUUACCCAUGGGGUAUCCAAUCUGAUUUUUUCCUAUCUUUUUUACUGCAACAGAGCUACGGAAGUUUGUCUGUAUUCUUGAUAAACACUAAAUGUGAUGGCAAUGCAAAAACUUGGAUAAUUUAAUGAACAAGACUGCUAUCCACUCAGCCUCUUAGGAAAGUUAAUUUGAUUUAUUAGUUGCCUCAAAGAAACCGUGCUGUGGAUCUGCCUUGCUGCUGUUCUCCUAAGGGAAUUCUGGAUUUGAUUGCAGCACCCUCACCUGGUAUCUCUUAAAAAGCAGCAUCCCAAAAAGAGAGAGCUUUGCAGUAUUUAUAUAAAGAACAGUAGAGGAGCAAGUCCAGUAAAGUACUUAAGGAAAUACAUUCGAAAAUUAGGAAGAACUUUUAUGGACAAAUGCUUAAUACACAAAGUUCUCGAGAAUGGGGCCUUUCCAUUUCAAAUACCUGAAGGUUGCUGGUGACUGUAAAUAGGGGCUUAUCUAUUACACAUUUAAAUAGAUAUGAAUAAAAAUACUGUAUAUAUGCAAGAUAAAAAUCAGCCUACUGAUGUAAAAAGAAUCUGCAAAGAGUUUAUUAAAUUAUUUCUAAAAGUGUGUCAUUUAAAUGUAAACCUCUGAACAGGAAGGUGUACUGUAUUCUUCUGUAUGUAUAUAAUGUGUACUAGAAAGUAAGCACUAGUUAAGUGCCAUUAUUAACAGUGUCAUUUUCUCACAAAAUUAAACUUAAUAUUUGAAUUGAUUUACGGCUUACAGCCCUCUUGCUGAACCGCUAAUUAAGUCAAAUCAAUCAACUAACAAAAAUGUCAUGCUCUGCUUCUAUCUGAGUUAUUAACACAGCUAGAUCAAGACAGGUCCUUGCUGACCAACUUAGUAGAGGUCCUAGUUUCAAAAGUUUACAUUUCAGAAUCAAAUUUUGUUGGUCUCUGAAGAUUUAAUUUCAGUUAAUGAAAGAAAGUGAUCAGCCACUAGAAAAUUCCUGGUUCUAUUACAAUGAAGAGAUGUGGACUCCAAUAUCAUGUCAAAAUACUACAGAAAUGGACUUUCUGGAAACCAUCAUAAAGGAAGUAUUGACUCAUAAUACAUUCUCAAUAAAAAGUGUUCAAGUAUA